AUGUCAUUUCAGGAGCCAGAUAGGUUUUUUACGAUCUCUGUAGAUUCGGAAUCUGAGGAUUCAAAAAACGCAGAUCAAGCUCAAUCUCUCGCUUCAAUGUUGGGCAGGGAAACUGGCAUUGAUUUAAAAAUUUUAACUGUUGCUGCAUUUAAAGUUAUAAAAGCAGUUGGUGUUCUAUUUGUUCUUCCGUUGGAAACUUAUUCUUUGGAUAAGUAUACAAAUUAUAUCCUCGAAGUAGCCAAGAAACUUGAAAAAAAACACCACACCAUUUAUCUUAAUAAAAACGAUAAGGAAAAUGUCGACCAAUGUCUCAAAUGGAUGAAAGAUAAUAAUAUUACAGAUUUAUAUCUCACUGGUCCACGAGAAGAAGAUUCUCCUGGAAUUUAUGAAAGAUCAAAAAAAUUCUUUGUGCUUUUUUUUGAAAAAUUAAAAGAACAAAACAAAGAAAGUUAA